GCCUUACCUCACGGACCUAAACCCCCCACUACUUACCUACCGGAAACAUCCGAACAACCGAACCUUCGGGGUAUAGUAGGCACUACUCCUCACCGCUUUAACCACUACGUCACAGUGAAGUAUGUGUUCUCGAGUGUAGAAAAUGGCUGCUGCGCUCACCGUAAAAACGGGAAGGCGCGAAUGUAAAUACGGCCUACUAUGGCUCAGUGUUUUUUUUAUUCUCGCAAGAAAUAUUGGGGUGACGGGUAUCACGUGUUACUGCGACGGCCACUGCCCCGAUGAUCGUCAGAAUGGUACGUGCGAGGGUCGCCCGGGCGGUCACUGUUUCUCCGCCGUCGAGGAAGUAUGGGAUCGUGAUCUUGAGGAAUGGGUUCCCGAGUUUUCAUUCGGCUGUCUGCCCCCCGAUGAACAAGGUUUCAUGCAGUGCAAGGGCAACCUAGUGCCCCACCUCAGAUCGAAGACGAUCAUCUGCUGUAACAACACGAAUUUAUGCAACAAGGACAUUUUCCCGGAAUACACGCAGCGCCCCACGCCGGCACCAGACCCAAUCACUCUGGCGUCAGGUGCACCGCUGAUCGUCCUGGCGGCCUGUCUCUCCAUCUGCCUCAUCGUAUUCUGCAUCGCCAUGAUCAUCAUCUACAGGAGAUACCGGAGGAAAGAGCGUGGACCUUGUCUGGUUCCGUCAUCAGGAACUCUGAAAGACCUGAUUGACCAGAGCAGUGGAUCAGGAUCCGGUCUUCCUCUCUUAGUCCAGAGAACAAUAGCCAAACAGCUUGCACUGUCCCAGUGCGUGGGUAAGGGUCGCUACGGGGAGGUGUGGCUGGCCAGGUGGAGGGGUGAGAAGGUAGCAGUGAAGGUCUUCUUCACCCUCGAGGAGGCCUCGUGGUUCAGGGAGACUGAAAUCUACCAGACUGUUCUCAUGAGACACGACAAUAUCCUCGGGUUCAUUGCUGCUGAUAUCAAGGGGACUGGAUCCUGGACACAGAUGCUGUUGAUCACGGAUUAUCAUGAGAGGGGCUCACUGCAUGACUAUCUUCAGACAACUGUGCUGGAUCAACCGAGUUUGCUGGCGAUAUGCUUGAGCAUUGCGAGUGGAAUUGCUCAUCUUCACACAGAGAUAUUUGGUACGAGGGGAAAGCCUGCUAUUGCUCACAGGGAUAUCAAGAGCAGGAAUAUCCUGGUCAAGAGGAAUGGAGAGUGCGCUAUUGCGGACUUUGGUCUUGCCGUUAGAUUUAUAAGUGAAAGUGGAGAGAUAGAUAUUGCCCCCAACACGAGAGUUGGCACGAGACGAUAUAUGGCGCCUGAGGUGCUCGACGAGAGCCUGAAUACAACGUCAUUUGAUGCCUUCAAAAUGGCAGACAUGUAUUCAGUGGGUUUGGUCCUCUGGGAGAUAUGCAGGAGAUGUGUCACUGGUGGACGAGUGUCCACCGCUGAGCCCUACGCCUUGCCCUACCACGACGUGGUACCCAGUGAUCCUGAUUUCGAGGACAUGAGACUGGCUGUGUGUGUCAAGAGGUUACGACCUGUUGUGCCCACCAGAUGGGAAAAUGAUCCGAUUCUCUCCGCACUGAGCAAAAUAAUGACAGAAUGCUGGCAUGGUAAUCCAGCAGUUCGUCUGACAGCCCUCCGAGUGAAAAAGUCAAUGUCAAAGCUCCACAUUGACAAUGCCAUUAAAAUAGUUUAGUCUCCCUCAGCAGAAGAAAAAUCCAUCAAUUAUCAUUAAUUCUUACUACUGUACAUAAUUUCCGAGAGAUAAUUUUUUCGGUCUGUUGAAUACCCCCACCCCAUGUAAAUAGUCCCUCCUCAAUUUCCCCGGUGUACAUAGGGUCAAUAACAGACUGCAGCCAGAAGAAGACUGAAGAUUUACGAGAAAAAAAUGAUAAUAAAGCGAAAAAAAUAGGAAUGCGUGAUCUGAGAUGUUGGGUGUGAUGAUAAGACGAUUAAUAUCAUGAAAUUGUUCUUUUCUAAUUGGAGGAGACGAUUGUAAAUAAAUGAAUCAGUGGGCGAGUGGUAAAAGACGAAAUUUUUCUAAUUCUCAAUUUUUUUUUCCAUUUUUACCACUCGAUUGCUGAAUUAAAUUUGUAAUUGAAAAUUUAUCGUUUAUUUUCUCAGUUUUGGUACCGAGAAAGUAAUAGUUUGGCAUAUCUGUAAAUGAACAAUAAGAAAUGACACGAAAAUAGAACAAUUUUGUUUAAUUGUUACGAAAAAUUUACGAUUGAUUGAAUAUACGGUUAGUUUUAGUUUCGAGUGGAUCAAUGCCAAUUUUCCAAUAAUUGGCUGUUGUUAAUUAUGUUGAUAAUUUUCAUCUUUCUUAAAAAAGAAGAAAGCUGUUUUUUUUUGUAUUUAUAGAUAUAGGAAAAAUUGAUUAUGAUGAAUUGAUGAGAUUGACACGCAGAAUAGUUGAAAAAUGCAACUGAAAUAUCGACAAAUCAAUGAAUGAUGGAUACUUUGAACCGAGAGUAAUCAAAUUUAUAUUUUUAAUGAGUAUUAAAUGAUAUAAAUUUUUUCAAA